AUGGCCCCUAAGCCCGCAAGCACUGCCGGAAAGGCUCCCGCGUCUACUGCUUCUAAGGCGCCUGCCAAGACGACCAGCGACGCGGCUAGCAAGGGCGCGAAGAAGACUAAGAGUGCGGCGGCAGGCGGAGAGGAGGGCAAGAAGAAGCGCAGAAAGGCGAGGAAGGAGACGUACUCUUCUUACAUUUACAAGGUGCUCAAGCAGGUGCACCCUGAUACUGGUAUUUCGAACAAGGCCAUGGCUAUUCUCAACUCAUUUGUAAACGAUAUCUUCGAGCGCAUCGCAACAGAGGCAUCCAAGCUUGCAUCCUACUCCAAGAAGUCAACCAUCUCGUCGCGCGAGAUCCAAACUUCUGUGCGCCUCAUCCUCCCGGGUGAGCUCGCCAAGCACGCCAUCUCGGAGGGAACUAAGUCCGUGACGAAGUUCUCGAGUGCGGGCGCAAAGUAA